AUGUAUUUCAUCUGAUUGAAACGUUGAGCGGUUGGAUCUCGAUGUCCGCCUAGCCGUUUCAGCUCGAAUUCUGAAGUUCUUAUUAUUUACUUUCUUCGUUCAUUUUUCGAGAAUAAAUUACAGUAAAGCAAGCCUUUUUCGUUUGUUUAUGUUAUUAGAUUGUUAGGGUUUUCUUUUGCAUUUUAGCUCAGAAUUUUUUGUAUCAAUUUGGUCGAUGGCUUCGAGUCCUCCAUUUCAGGUGGAGGAUCAAACGGAUGAAGAUUUCUUCGACAAGUUAGUUAACGAUGACGAUGAUGACAGCAUGGCCCCCACCGUCCCAAAAUUCACGGAGGGUAAUGACUCCAACGAUGCUAAAGUCUUUUCCAAUUUUUCGAUAGGAGAAGAUUCCGGCGGCGAAGAAGCUGACAGUCAUGGUGGAAAGGAAAAAGAUCCCGUGGAUGCAGAUCCAGCACCCGCCAAUGCGUCAGCAGGUAAUGGCUCUAAUGAUUCAUUAGGGAUAGAUAAUAGUGUGAUUUACUCAAAUAAUCAUCUACAAGAAGAAGCACAGUCAGAGGCUGUAUUCAGUCAGAAGUUAAAUGACAAUAUUGAAUCUAAGAACGCUGGGGUUAAGGAAGUAGGGUGGAAUUCGCUUUUUGCUGAUUCUAAUGAGAAUGGGGUGCAAGGGUUCGGUCCGUAUUCUGAUUUUUUCGGUAAUUUAGGGGAGAAUUCCACAUCGGAUUUCCCUUCUGAGGUGGAUGCAAUUGCAAAAACAAGUUUAUUAUAUCAGAAUUCAGUUACUACUUGCGAGAAGUAUCAUGAUGGCAACCAUGAUCAAGUUUGUGGAGAUUCUACUGCAGAUAAUGGAAAUGAGCUUGAUUUGUACAGCAGUCAGUACUGGGAGAAUAUGUAUCCAGGAUGGAAGUAUGAUGCAAAUUCAGGGCAGUGGUAUCACAUGGAUGGUUCAAGUGGUGAUGGAAGUGGUAACACAGAUGUGAAAGCAGGGGCUUCUUAUUUGCAGCAGACAUUUCAAUCUGUUGCGGGGACUAUGACAACUGUAGAGAGCAGUGCCACAGAGAGUGUGGCAAAUUGGAAACAGGUUUCCCAAGUGAAUGAUGGGUAUCCAGAACAUAUGGUUUUUGACCCUCAAUACCCUGGUUGGUACUAUGACUUAAUUGCUCAACAGUGGUGUGCACUGGAGAGCUAUAAUGCCUCUAUUAAGUCAACUUUUCAAGCUGAUGGUCAGCAAAAUGGAUAUACUUCUACCGUUCAGAAUUCUCUAACACAAACUAAUGGCUCUAGGAUGCAUAGUGAACAUGAACAUCCUACUUGGGGAGAUUCCUAUGGUAACUAUUCUAAUGCAGGUUUGAAUAUGUGGCAACCUGGGACUGUUCCCAAAACUAAAGCAGUUUCAAGCUUUGCUGGGAACCAGCAGUCAGAUACAUCUUUCGGUUUGAAUAUGCCAGUGAACAACCAUGGAAAUCACUUCAAGUCAUCCUAUAAUUCUCUUCCAGAAGUUCCUCUUCCAGAAGUUCAGUCAGUCAAUAAUGCGAAUCAGGUUCAUACUGAAGCCAAUGGGGUUUCCUGGUUACAAAGCUUUCUUCCUACUGAAAACUUCAAUCACCAGUUUACCCAGACAAGUUUAGAGCAAAAUGAGCAAAUGCAUUUCUCAAAUGAUUUCUAUGGAGGCCAGAAGUAUGUGAAUGUUGCCCAACAGGCACUUCAGACAAGCCAGCUGCUUCCUUAUGCUUUUAAUACCGGGCGGUCAUCUGCCGGCCGUCCUCCACAUACACUUGUUAGUUUUGGAUUUGGUGGAAAACUCAUUGUAAUGAACGAUAGUAGUCCUUUGCAAAACUCGUCAUUUGGUACCCAGGGUUCUGUAGGAGCAUCUAUUUCUGUACUCAAUUUGUUGGAAGUUGUCAAUUCAAACACUAGCAUUUCUGGUGCUGCACCGGCAACCUUUGAUUAUUUUAAUACUCUGUGCCAACAAUCCUUCCCUGGUCCGUUGGUUGGUGGAAAUGUAGGCAGUAAAGACUUGAACAAGUGGAUUGAUGACAGGAUUGCCAGCUGUGAAUCACCUAACAUGGAUUACGGAAAAGGUGAACUUUUGAGAAUGCUUCUCUCGUUGCUUAAAAUAGCUUGGCAGCAUUAUGGAAAACUUCGGUCUCCUUUUGGAUCUGACAUCCUAUUGAAGGAGACUGGUACUCCAGAAUCAGCAGUUGCUAAACUCUUUGCAUCUGCAAAGAGGAGGAAGGACACACCUUAUGCUGCUCUUAGCAACUGCUUGAAGCAAUUGCCUUCUGAAGGACAAGUUCUGGCAACUGCAUUUGAGGUGCAGAAUCUUCUGGUUUCUGGAAGAAAAAGAGAGGCUCUACAGCUUGCACAAGAAGGUCAAUUGUGGGGACCUGCACUUGUUCUCGCAUCACAACUUGGUGAACAGUUCUACAUUGAUACUGUUAGGCAAAUGGCACUUCAUCAGCUGGUAGCAGGGUCUCCUUUACGGACAUUAUGCUUUCUAAUUGCAGGGCAACCAGCCGAAGUUUUUUCCACAGGCCCCACAGUUGAUAGCAUGUAUUUUUUGCAACAGCAUGCAGAGUUAAGGGAAAAUAGCAUGCUUGAUGAUUGGGAAGAGAAUUUGGCCGUAAUAACUGCAAAUAGAACCAAAGAUGAUGAGCUUGUAAUUAUUCAUCUUGGAGAUUGCCUGUGGACGGAAAGGAGUGAGAUAACGGCAGCACACAUCUGUUACUUAGUUGCAGAAGCAAACUUUGAGUCAUAUUCAGGUAGUGCUAGACUUUGUCUUAUUGGAGCAGAUCACUUGAAGUUUCCACGAACCUAUGCUAGUCCAGAGGCUAUCCAGAGGACUGAGUUAUAUGAAUAUUCAAAGGUGCUGGGGAACUCUCAGUUUGUCUUGCUACCAUUUCAGCCAUACAAACUUGUUUAUGCACACAUGCUGGCUGAAGUUGGAAAAGUUUCAGAUUCACUGAAGUACUGUCAAGCUGUAUUGAAAUCUCUGAAAACUAGUCGAAUGCCUGAGGCAGAAACUUGGAAACAUUUAGUUUUAUCUCUCGAGGAGAGGAUAAGAUUCCAUCAACAGGGGGGAUAUGCUACAAAUUUGGCUCCAGCAAAAUUAGUUGGUAAAUUGCUAAACUUUUUUGAUAGCACUGCACAUCGUGUUGUGGGGGGCCUACCUUCACCUCCUACACCAGCGCCAAAUGGAAAUUCUCUAGGUAAUGAUCAUUUCAACCAACAAACUGGGCCAAGAGUCUCUUCUAGCCAAUCAACAAUGGCUAUGUCAUCAUUGAUGCCCUCUUCUUCAAUGGAACGUAUAAGAGAUUGGGCAGGCAAGGAGGCUGAUGGCAAAAUGACAGUGCAUAAUAGAAGUGUUUCAGAGCCGGACAUGAGCAGAACUCCAAGACAGGUUGAUUCAUCCAAGGAAGUAGAAACAUCCACUGAACAAGGCAAAGCAUCAGGCUCAGUAGGGGCAUCUCGCUUUUCUCGUUUUAGUUUUGGCUCACAGCUUUUACAGAAAACUGUGGGGUUAGUCUUAAGGCCUAUUGCUGAUAAACAGGCUAAGCUAGGUGAAAAAAACAAAUUCUACUAUGACGAAAAACUUAAGAGAUGGGUGGAGGAAGGUGCUGAACGUCCAGCUGAAGAAAAAGCCUUGCCACCACCUCCGACUACUGCUGCAUUCCAGAAUGGAACAUCUGACUACAACUUGAACUCUGCAUUGAAGAAUGAGGGUUCUCCUCCUAACGGAAGCCCAAAAUUCAGAAACCCAACCUCAAUAGAACAUGCUUCUGGGAUCCCUCCUAUUCCUACAAGCUCCAAUCAAUUCUCUGCUCGUGGGCGAAUGGGUGUCCGAGCAAGGUACGUGGACACUUUCAACAAAGGUGGUGGUGGCGGCCAAGCAAAUUUAUUUCAGUCACCGGCUGUUUCCUCUGUUAAACCUGCAGCAGCUGCAAAUGCAAAGUUUUUUGUUCCCAUACCUGUAUCAACGACAACUAGUGAACUAUCAAUGGAGCCAAUUACUGGAAAUGCACAAGAGAAUGCUACAAGUAAUAAUCCUGCCACUACCACUUCCACUUCUGAUGCCAAUGCCAACGCUUCUUGUCCAUUUCCCAAGCCUUUAUCGUCGAAGACUAGGCAAAAAUUCCCAAGCAUGGAUAAUAUUCCUCAGGAAGGCAUAAUGACAAAUGCCAAUGGCUAUUCAUCAGACUGGCAUCGGGCAGCCUCGUGGAGCGGAAGCAACUUUGAAUUAGGUCAUCCUAGCGGGGCCGACAUAAGACCUUCAGGGGAGGCAUUGGGAGAGCCUCCACCAUUGGUUGUGCCUGGUCCAAUAAAUGGUAGUAUUGGGGAUGAGCUACAUGAGGUGGAGCUUUGAGACAAGAUUUGUCACGAUGUAAAUAUCAAAGUUUUGUUCCUGCAAAUCCAAAUACGAUAUUUCCGAGCAUACAACAAUGGCAGCACACUAAAACACUGGUAAUGGAAACAAAACUAUAUUCUUUGGCUAUUAACUUCUUAAGCCCAUUUCCCCCAUCUGCAUUUGUAUUUUGAUAUUCAGUUGCCUUCUUAGGUUUCAUUUGGUUGGUAUAUUUUGUU